AUGCAAGUUGGCAAAGGUCGUGAUGUAGGCCUUAAUUCAAUUUCCAAGUUUGAAGCCAAAGUAGCAAAUGGAAACAGUGAGCAAACUCUAAGCCGUGACAUUUAUCGACUUGGUCGUCGGUUUGAUUUCUUCCGGAUGUUUUCUUGUUACUUCACAACCAUUGGAUUCUACUUUAAUAGCCUGAUAUCGGUGAUUGGAGUUUAUGUGUUCCUUUACGGUCAGCUUUACCUGGUUCUUAGUGGCUUAGAAAAAGCACUCGUUCUCGAGGCUAGAAUACAAAACAUACAGUCCUUGGAGACAGCUCUGGCCUCCCAGUCAUUUAUCCAGCUUGGACUCUUGACAGGCUUACCAAUGGUGAUGGAGAUUGGACUUGAAAGAGGAUUUCUUACUGCUCUUAAAGAUUUUGUUCUCAUGCAAUUUCAACUGGCUGCUGUUUUCUUCACGUUUUCCCUUGGAACAAAAUCUCACUAUUAUGGCCGAACAAUUCUUCAUGGGGGUGCCCAAUACAGGCCCACGGGACGUAAGGUUGUGGUGUUUCACGCCAGCUUCACCGAAAAUUAUAGACUAUAUUCACGUAGUCAUUUUGUGAAAGGAUUUGAAAUACUACUCCUGUUGAUUGUUUAUGAUUUGUUUAGGCGUUCCUACCAAAGCAGCAUGGCGUAUGUCUUGAUAACAUAUGCUAUCUGGUUCAUGUCAUUGACUUGGUUGUUUGCACCAUUUCUCUUUAAUCCUUCUGGAUUCAACUGGGGCAAGAUAGUGGAUGACUGGAAAAAUUGGAACAAGUGGAUCAAGCAGCAGGGUGGUAUAGGAAUUCAACAAGAUAAGAGCUGGCAGUCUUGGUGGAACGAUGAGCAAGCCCAUCUUCGUCACUCAGGGCUGAGUUCUCGAUUAAUAGAGAUAAUUAUUUCUUUGCGAUUUUUCAUUUACCAGUAUGGUCUGGUGUAUCACCUUGAUAUAUCUGGGCAAAACAAGAAUUUUAUAGUUUACGUGCUCUCAUGGGUUGUCAUUGUGGUGAUCUUCCUGUUGGUCAAGGCAGUGAAUCUGGGAAGGCGAUAUCUCAGUGCAAAUUAUCACCUAGCGUUCAGGCUGUUUAAAGCAUUUCUUUUCUUGGGUGUUGUAGCUACAAUAAUAAUUUUAUCCAUUAUUUGUGAUCUAUCUUUGAGGGAUUUGAUAGUGUGCUGUCUGGGAUUUUUUCCAACCGGCUGGGGCUUGAUAUUGGUUGCACAAGCUAUGAGGCCUACGAUUGAGGCUACUGGGUUGUGGCAUUUCACCCGAGUCUUUGCCCAAGCUUACGACUAUGGAAUGGGCGUUGCUCUCUUUGCACCCAUUGCUUCUUUGGCAUGGCUCCCAAUCAUUUCAGCAUUCCAGACUCGUUUUCUUUUCAACGAGGCUUUCAGUAGGAGACUGCAAAUUCAACCAAUUCUUGCAGGAAAAAAGAAGAGAAAUUCAUAAUAUCCCCAUACCUCUGAUCGCAUACAAAUAUUCAUCGAUAGACAAUGGAUUGGUACAAAAUAGAUCCAAAUAUACUGUACAGAAAAUUAAUGUACAGUCAGAUAUAAGUAGUUGUUACACAUUUCAAAUGCUGGAGAUUACUUGUGUUAUAACAUUAUAAUGGAUUCUCUAUUAUGACAUUCUAAUAUGUUGUAAAUUAAGGUUUUCCCUCAGGAUCAUAG